AUGUUGGGCGAUGCUGAGUUGGGCACGCUGGCGGCUGGCAUUACUUCCCUUUCAGCAGAAAGCACUCAUUACAAUGACCAGCUACAGGAUUUGCUAGAGAGAUUCAGAAAUGUACUAAGGGACUACUCUGCUAUAAGAGACAAGUUUGAAGAAGCAAAGAAGACACGGCAAUUGGAGAAACAGGUUGACAGAAACUCGUUCGUCGAAGGAGGAAUUGAUGCGGCACACGAGCUACGUGAUAGAAUUCGUGAUCUGAUGCUCUCCACUAAGCAAACACAACUCCAAGAGUGUCAAAUUAUGGUUCGUGCGUACGCAAAUGUCCUUGGACUUUCAAGUACUUUGGCCCGAGCUGGGAUUGUGCACGAUGAAGCCCAGGCACUCCAAGAAUUCACCACAGCCUUUACACGAGGGCAGGGCCUUUUCGACUUUGCGGAUGCAGGGACCAAGAAGGAGAGCAGUGACUUCAAAAAAGGGGGCAGGAACGAUCUUAUUAGUCUCCUCAAAGCUGGUUCAUUUCAUCGAGACUUCGAAACUUUAGACCUUUCGAUUGAGGAGCUGCCUUCUGUAUUCACGUCAACUCCCCUAGAUGCUAAAGACAACAAGAUGAGGUUGGAAAAAGGCAACCCGUUUCGUCUUCCAGCAAUUUCGCCUCAGCCGCUGGCUGAGGAGUCACAGAAACGCUUGGAUGGUCUUUGGGAAAAUCGAUUCCACAAUCAGCUUGCCAGAGGCUCGUCUUCUUUCGAUAUGCAAGACGCUUGCAAGAUCUACAUUCCCAAUUCGGUGGCCACUAGCCAUCUGGAUAAUUUGUUCUCGGUUAACCUACUCGGGGAACUUCGACAACAGAAGAUUUUAUACCACUGA